UCUACAGCCACAUCAAAUCGGGUAUCGGUUGACCGAAGGGAUAUAACACAUCUGUGAUGCUGCAGCAAGGACAACUGUUAAUUAUAGCUUCUGCUUUGCAUAGCAUCUACUCUAUUAUUUUUAUACGAAGGUAUGCUUAAUCAGCUGUAUAAGGCAGCAGGUUUUUUGGUUCCCACAAUGUCUGUUCAAACUCGACACCCUGGUCAAACAGAAUACCUCAAUUUUUGAAUAUUUGAUUGGCCCAAAGUUUGAUAAUUCUUUGGACCCACCAUAACUGUUUAUUCCCCAAAUGAACGCCAUUGCGAAAGAUUUUCUGCUGAACAAUGCUCAUUUUGCCGUAGUCGGGGCAAGCACCAAUCGUUCUAAAGUUGGUAAUCAAGUGUUACGAUGGUACCAAGACCGAAAGCUCCCUGUAACUCCAAUUAAUCCUAAAGAACCGACGGUAGAAGGCCUUCAGUCGGUCACUUCGGUAUCCGAACUCCCAGACCCUAAGAACACCGCAUUAUCCAUCAUUACUCCUCCGAGUGUCACCCUUAAGACACUGCAAGAUGCACAUGCUGCUGGCAUUACUUAUGUAUGGCUACAGCCCGGAACGGACAAUGAAGAAGUGAUUUCAUAUGCCAAGCAGAAUGGCUUCAAAUUUGUAGCAGGAGGUCCAUGCAUUUUAGUCAUGGGUGACUCUCUUUUACAACAAGGAAGUCGUCUGUAAAAAAUGUCUUUGUUUUCUCAAUGUAGUUAUUUACCACUGUGUUGUCAUCAUGAGUAUGACAUGAUCAGACCAUGGAUUCGUAAUUUCCAAUGACUCUAUCUGGGAAUGGAGACUUGGUUCACUUAAACUCCUCGGAUUCCCUUGCGAGAUGUGACCCCUAAAUGAAAUGUCUGCGGUCAAUAAAUUGAGAACAAAUAUCUCAGCAAAUCUACACUGACGUUCUUCGGUCGUCUUUCAAGUUCUUUUGUGGCGUGCAUUGUCAACACCCGUAUUGUUCUUUCGACUCCUCUCUGGAUCU